CUCCCCAAAAAUCUUCCAUGAAUCGUCACCUUCAAACUUCACCAAUAAUCUUCUUCUCCUCUUUCUUCACCUGUCAAAUUCAAACCAAUCACACAGCCGAGAGAGGCUCUUUCGCCGGCAGCUAUGGGGAACGAGAGGGACGCCGCCGCCGCCAUCGCCGGCGGCUCUACCGCGCACCGCCUGAAACAUCCUUCGCCGCUAGAAGACACGCCACUCCUCGGCGGCGGACGGCCGCGAUCCUCCCAAGCGAAGACGUUCGCGAACGUCUUCAUUUCGAUCGUUGGCGCCGGAGUUCUCGGCCUUCCUUACGCGUUCAAGCGCACCGGAUGGGCCAUGAGCCUCCUCAUGCUCUUCUCCGUCGCCGCCGUCACCUAUUACUGUAUGAUGCUCCUCGUCUACACUCGCCGGAAGCUCGUCGCCGACGGCGCCUCCGAGAUCAAUUCCUUCGGCGAUUUAGGGUUUUCGGUUUGUGGCUCAUCCGGCAGGGCAAUCGUGGAUAUUCUUAUAAUUCUAGCCCAAACCAGCUUCAGCGUGGGAUAUUUAGUCUUCAUCGGCAAUACUUUGAGCAAUCUCUUCAAUUCAUCCACCAUGGAUUUAAGCCCUAAUGUUCUAGGAAAUUCCCCUGAAAUCUUCUACAUCAUGGGCUGUUUACCCUUCCAAUUGGGACUGAAUUCGAUCAAAACACUGACUCAUUUAGCUCCGAUGAGCAUUUUCGCAGAUGUGGUUGACCUAGGAGCCAUGGGAGUGGUGAUGGUGGAGGACAUUUCCGUCGUCUUGAAGAGGAGGCCUGCAGUGGAGGCCUUCAGAGGGCUCUCGGUGUUCUUCUACGCCAUGGGAGUGGCUGCUUACGCCUUCGAAGGGAUCGCCAUGAUUCUGCCUCUAGAAUCAGAGAUGAAAGACAGAGACAAUUUCGGGAAGAUCUUGGCUUCUUCAAUGGCGUUCAUAGCCAGCUUAUACGGAGGAUUUGGGAUUCUGGGCUAUUUCGCCUUUGGAGAAGAAACAAGCGAUGUGAUUACUUCAAACAUGGGUCCAGGAUUGCUGAGCGCCAUUGUUAAACUGGGUCUCUGCAUAAACCUGUUCUUCACGAUGCCAUUGAUGAUGAAUCCAGCAUACGAGAUCAUAGAGAGGCGAUUCUCGGGAGGAAGAUACUGCGUGUGGCUGAGAUGGCUGCUGGUUCUAAUGGCGACAUUAAUAGCGAUGUGGGUUCCUAAUUUUACAGAUUUCUUGUCAUUGGUUGGGAGUGGACUCUGCUUUUCAUUGGGGUUUGUGCUGCCUGCAUUGUUUCAUCUGCUGGCCUUCAAGGAAGAGAUGGGGUGGAGAGGAUGGUGUUUGGAUAUGGUGAUUGUGGUUUUUGGAACUGUUCUUGGAGUUGCUGGGACUGUGACUGCUGUGAAACAGAUGUAUUCUGCAAAUGGGACUUCCAUUUGAGCUCAGAAAGGGGAGUUUCUGAGCUUGAAGAUGAAGAUGAUGCGCUUCUGCUUCAUUUUUGGUUCAAGAAGGUUUGAUGUUAAUUAUUGAGUUUGUGGUUAAGAUUUUGUCUGGUUGAGGUAUUGCCACAAAUUUCUUGUUUGUGGGUUUUCUCAUCCUGUAUCGUGUAUUAUAAUAAUCUAUUUGUAUAAUGAAUUUUGAAUUAAGAGAUGGUGAAUAUAAUUAAUUUUAGGUUAAAAAUUA